UAUCAGAGAGUUUCAGGACGUUUCAAUGGGUUUCAGAGGCGUUCCGUGGUAUUCCAGGUCUUCCCACAGUGUUUCUAGAACAUUUCUAGGGAUAUAUCUUUGAUAUCCUCUUGAACUUUUCAACGCUCUAAAAUACCCUGAAAUAUUCAUGAAAGCCCUUUAAAUCUCCUCUGAAUUCUCCGAAAACACUUUGGAGCCAUCCUGAAAGCCCCUGAAAAGCCUUGAUACACCUUGGAACCAGGGAUAGGGUGCGACUCAAAACUCUUUGCGUGCCGCACACUCUGCUACGAGACAGCACAACAAACUAGAAGGAGACGAGUACGCGCAAUCGGUUGUGUGUUGCUCGCUUACUUUGCCGCGCGCUGGAGCUCUCCUGUCUCUCACGCUCUGUCGUAUGCACUCUCUCGGUGCUUGUCUCUGUGCUUUGCACUUGGCUUGAUACUACGCAUGAUUGGAAAAAUUUCGAAUCAAACGAUCCAUCACUUGUCAGCCCUUGACAAGCUUAACAACUUUGCCGAAAAUAUAAACUCUUCAAUUAGUUUAUUAAUUGUUUUUUUCUGUUUGGAGACGAGCAGAGUCCCAAGCACCGCGCAUUACUCCCUGCGCCGUAGAGCUAGUGCUGCGAUUGUCUCUCGCACAAUUACGAAAGCUCUCACUCAUACGUCUCUUGUCUCUCGGCAAAACGGGAGACGAGCACCUGCGAUUGUGUGAAACACACGCUUUUUUCGCACCGCACGGUGCAUGCCGCCAAUCCCUGCUUGGAACUCCUAUGAAACAUCCCUGGCACCCUUCUUAGAAGCCCCAAGGAAUCCUCAGGAACUCCUCUGAAACCCUUCUGAAACUUCCAUGCAAUUUGGUAAUGAAAUUCUGACGAAGGAAGCGUUCAACAUUUGGGUUCCAGACUUCCGAUACAAAUGUUCUAUUUUCUAAUAGUAAAUGAAGCUCGAUGGGAAGUAUAGGAAAUGACUUGAUCUAGACGUUCAAUGGAUAUUUUACCAUUAUUCACUAACCGUUCAACAAUUGGUUUACGAAUUACUUUAUAUAAAUUAAAUCCAUAUCACGUUUUGAUCAUCAGUUUCUCAACUUUGUCCCGGGGUUAGAUCAAAUAACAUUUUUUUUGGAUUGCUUCGAAAUUAGUGCGUACUACAUGCUAUCUAAAAAUUUGAAGAGUUCUCAGCAAAUCGCAAUCAGCUCAAUGCGAUCUAAAUUGACUAAUCAUGAACAGAGUAAACUCUGUGAGAAGUCUCCAUCUGCCAAUGAACGCAGACCUAGACACUGACCGCAAAACGCCGGAGGACCGCGCAUACAUAAAAUGUUAUCAGUAUCAAUUUAGCCGCGCACCUAUCAACAGCCUCACGUGCGUCUCACUCUGCAAUGACUUCGACUGGCGAAAUAAUCGCACUCAACAACGCCGGCGAGGCUGCUGAAGGUUGGCGGAAUUUGGACUUCUUCCGGGAUGUGGUAUCACAAGAUUUAGGGCUUUCGAAGGAUGAAUUCUGCUUGCGCAACUUGGAAGUUAACGAUGCCACCGGUAAGCAGUCGGGUUUCAUGUCCCUGCUACACCGUGUCAAGGUAGAUGUCGAGUUCAAGAAUGGAAAAUGUGAGCGCAAAUCGUACGUCGUGAAGGAGAAGUCCAGCGAUGUGUUCGGUGGGGAUUGGGUGGAGAAGUUCAACGUUUUCGACAAGGAGAUUGAAGCGUACCAGAAGCUAAUUCCGGAGUUUGAACAGUUAUUUCAACAUGAAGUUCAGUUUGGGCCUAGAUUCUUCAAAGCAGUUGCAACGCCAUUCACGGUGAUGGUAUUGGAGGAUCUGAUCGCAUCUGGAUAUGAAAUGAAGGACUGUUGCAAUCGGUUGAGUUUGUCGGACAGUAGAACAGUGUUGUCCAAACUGGCCAAGUUCCAUGCCGCAUCUGCUGUGUACUACAAACAAAAUGGAUCAUAUUCCAAGUCUUUCAAAACCGGUAUGUACGAUGAAGCAACAGCGGGCGACAGUGAGGCUUAUAUUGGGAAUCUGUUCAAGUCCUUGGUGGCGAGCAUGAAGGAUCGCAACGUAUCUAGUCAGUUCUUGGAUUUGAUAAAUCAAUGGAACGCAAAUCCUUAUGUCUCCGGAGCAAAAUUGUUUCGCUUGAAUGACAUAGACUUCAAUGUCUUGAACCACGGUGAUCUCUGGAUGAAUAACGUGAUGUUUGGUGACAGCGAUCUUCUAAUGAUCGACUUUCAGAUUGCCUUUUUUGGAAGCUUCACGUUCGACUUCCUAGAGUUCGUCCUGUGCACGGUUGAAGUACACGAAAUUCUCAAUGGAUUUGAUGAGCUCGUCGAGUAUUACCACCAGGAACUAAAGGAUGCGUUUGACACAUUGAACCACUCCGACUUGUCGCCUUCGUUAGAAAGUUUGCAAGCAGACAUCGAGAGACACGGGUUUUUGGCGGCACUCCUUAUUAUAGAGGCGAUACCAAUGAUUACCUACAGUAAGGUGGGAGAAUUAAGCAUGGACCUUAUGUCUUCAUCGGAGCCGGAAGGUGAAGCGUUCAGAAGAAAGUUAUAUCACAACGAAAAAUUUGUCGAAGUUGUGGAUCGAUUGUUGCCUUUCCUGUUCGAACGGGGAUAUUUGAAAUGUCCGGAGGGUUUGUAAAUUUGUAAAUAUAUACAGCCACUUUCACAAGGA